GUGGGCAGUGUUAUAUGUUUUUCUCGUUUUUCUCGUUUUUCUUGCUUAUUUCUUCACAGUCGUCAAUUUAUCGUCGAACUUUAUAUAUUAGAAGUGUAUUCUGGAUAUAAAGUUUUGUUUUAAGAACAAUUAGACUAUACAUUUCUUGAUUAAAAAUGGGCCAAAAUCAGUCGGCCGGAAGCGGCAGUGAUAAAAAAGAUGAUAAAGAUAAGAAGAAGAAGUAUGAACCACCUAUUCCCACCCGAGUUGGCAAGAAGAAGCGUAAAGCAAAGGGGCCAGAUGCAGCAAUGAAAUUGCCGCAGGUUACUCCUCACACACGAUGUCGUUUGAAAUUACUAAAGUUGGAGCGGAUUAAAGAUUAUUUGUUGAUGGAGGAAGAAUUCAUCCGAAACCAAGAACGUCUAAAGCCUCAGGAUGAAAAGAAUGAAGAAGAACGUUCGAAGGUUGACGAUCUACGAGGAACUCCAAUGUCUGUUGGUAAUCUGGAGGAAAUCAUUGACGAUAAUCACGCAAUCGUGUCAACCUCGGUUGGUAGUGAGCACUAUGUGAGCAUCCUAUCGUUUGUUGAUAAGGACCAACUGGAACCUGGAUGCUCAGUGCUUUUGAACCACAAAGUGCACGCCGUAGUGGGUGUUCUUGGAGAUGAUACCGAUCCUAUGGUUACAGUAAUGAAGUUAGAAAAAGCGCCUCAGGAAACCUAUGCCGAUAUUGGUGGAUUAGAUACGCAGAUUCAAGAAAUAAAGGAAUCUGUAGAACUACCCCUUACGCAUCCCGAGUAUUAUGAGGAGAUGGGUAUAAAGCCGCCGAAAGGUGUUAUUCUCUAUGGACCACCAGGUACAGGAAAAACUCUUUUAGCAAAAGCGGUUGCUAAUCAAACUUCCGCAACUUUUCUACGUGUAGUAGGGUCUGAACUUAUUCAAAAAUAUUUGGGUGAUGGGCCUAAGCUCGUACGUGAGUUAUUUCGUGUAGCGGAAGAACACGCUCCAUCGAUAGUUUUCAUUGACGAAAUUGAUGCUGUCGGUACCAAACGAUAUGAUUCGAAUUCGGGCGGAGAACGAGAAAUACAAAGGACUAUGUUGGAAUUGUUAAACCAGCUGGAUGGGUUUGAUUCACGUGGGGAUGUAAAGGUGAUUAUGGCAACAAAUCGAAUCGAAACCCUCGAUCCUGCAUUGAUUCGUCCGGGUCGCAUUGAUCGCAAGAUCGAAUUUCCUCUACCAGAUGAAAAAACUAAACGUCGCAUAUUCAACAUUCACACUGCCAGGAUGACUUUGGCUGAAGAUGUCAAUUUGUCUGAGCUGAUUAUGGCCAAGGAUGAUCUGUCAGGUGCUGACAUUAAAGCUAUUUGUACUGAAGCUGGUUUGAUGGCACUUCGCGAACGUCGCAUGAAGGUUACUAAUGAGGACUUUAAAAAAUCGAAGGAAAGUGUUCUUUACCGUAAAAAGGAAGGCACACCUGAGGGGUUGUACUUGUAAGGUCAUAUGAUAAUAGUUUGCUUCAGCAGUACUAUAUAUACAUGCUUUUUGCUUAAAUAAAUAAUUGAAUAAAACAAAA